CAACGGAGAGGACAGGGGAAAAGUUGUGAGGUAGCCGGAGGGACGGGCAGGGAGCAGUCAGCGUCAUUGGUGCUGAGCUGAGGGGGGGUGAGAACGGUAGCUUUUCCUCCUGUCCAUCUGUCUCUCUACAUUUCUGUCUGUCUUUCUGCUUUGUCUCUACCUCUCCUCUCUAAUUUUCUGUCAUCCUGGCUGGGGCUGUAAUGUGGCGGGCUCUGCAGUGAAAGUGUCGGCUGGCGGAUUCUCCUUGACUGAACCCUGACUGUGCGCAGUGUUCGCCGCUGCUGUCCUGUCCACACUGACUCAGCUGUGCAGGCAGCCUGCCGGCCUCUGGGUGAACACCGGCUGCAGGAGCAGGAGUGCUCUGGGGUUAUAGGCGAGCAGGCUCCCUGACCCCGGGACAACUGCAGGUGCACGACUGGGACGUGCCACGUUUAGGGUCCAGACACCCAGACAGCAUAUUCCAGAUUCAAUCCAGUAUACCAGAGAGGCCAAGUUGUGCUAAAGGAUACUGUGUGCGCUAUCUAGAGACCGCUGGAUCCUGCAGCAGUAUCUGUUUGGGAACAGGUCUGGCUGCCAUGGAGGUCCAGUGGUUUGGGGUUGAACUCCCGAGGCUGGGCCCUCCACACACAGCCGUCGGCCUGAUCUUCUCCAUGCUGCUUGGUGUGUGGUCUGUUCAGGGCCUUGAGAUGUUUGCUGGGAAGAUUCCCUUCCUGCAGGCAGUGAAUGGCAGCACAGUCAUGUUGCCUUGCACAUACGCCAGCUGUAUCGGCAUCGAGAACCUCUACUUCAACUGGCAAUUCAAUGACAACGGCACCAUGCAGAAGGUGUGUGAUUCAGUGAUCGUGUCAGAGGGGGUGGAGCCAAAUGUGGCUAUAUAUCGAGAGCGGGUGGAGUUUGUGGGGAAGAACCGUAACAACAACAUCUCCAUCUUGCUGUGGAACAUCACUUUCGAGGACGGAGGCGAGUACACUUGUUUUGGACGCAAUCCCAAAGAGAAGGGCAGGAACCACAGUACCAUCUUCACCCUCAUUGUGGUGGACGAGUUGAGGGUGGUGGACAACAGGCUGACCAUCAUAAUAGCCUCAGCUGUGGGCGGAGCCAUUGCAGCAUUAAUGGGCUUCAUGUUGCUCAAGAACUUCACUAUCUUUGUUCUUUCCAAGAUUGAGGAGAAAAAUAAGGAGUGCCUUGUAACUUCAUCAGGGAUCGACAACACAGAAAAUGGCCUCUCAGGAUCCAAAGCUGAUUCAAAACCAACACCAAAAAAGAAAUGAGAAAGUGCAUGUAUAUAAAACCAUAUGAUUACUCAUAUUUAUUUACGUGUGCAUAUAUUCGUAUAUGCACAUGUGUUUGCACAAACGCAAAUUCAUUAAUGUCAAGUUUGGAUACUAAAAACUGCCUGGCUGUGGCCUACAAAGGGGAAUAUACACAUGUGCACCCAACUGUGUCAGACGAUAUACAACGAAAGAAAGUGCAAAUCAGUGCACACAUAAUUACUUAAAAUGUACACAUAAUUGAAUAAGUGCACAUACCAGAGACACUCCAGCUUGAUUUAUUAAGGAUCAUUUCUUAAUCAUAUGAUAUUUACAUUCCAUCUCCCACCUGGUCUCCCAUAGAUCUACCUCCUUUGGUCAACAUAUUACCAGAAAAAGAAAAAAACACAUUAAAGGUGUUAUCUUUGUUGUUAUUUUGGUGUGGCCAGUAACUGAAUCUGAUAACAGUUAAUCAUUUGACAAAUAAAGCUUGUGUGCACUUUUGCUUAAUGCAGUGUGCAUUAUUGGUCUUGAUUUUCAUGCAACAAAGCAUAAAUAUCAAGUCCAAAGUCCAAAAAGUCUCGAAGGAAAAUUUUGUUGCCAAGUUUUCUCAGGUUAGACUGUGGCACAGUGAAGACAACACACUGCUCUGACAACAGCAGGGAAGGAAGUGCAACCUUACAGAAGAAAGAAAGCAUAACUAAUGAAUCCUGCUGGUAGUCGUAUGUGUUCACAGGUAUUAUGCAGUGAGUGUAAGCUAAGUUAAAGCAUUCUUGUUAAAGAGCAGUAAGCUACGUGUCUCUGGUAGAUGGUUUAUUUUUUAACCAUGUGCACAUUUAUUAAAUUGUGGGUAUGCUUGUGUGAAUUUGUGUGUACACCCUAUUAAAUGAUGUGUGUGUGGGGUUAUUCACGAAAAAAUAACAACUGUUGUAUAUCAUUUUUGCACAGUCGUGCUCUGUUAAAAGUACUUGGUAGCCUUGAUAUAACAAUAAUUGUCUUUGGCCACAGCCAGGAUACAUUAAAUACAUGUAAACUUUGACUGUUUUUCAUCUGAAGUCAAAACAAAAACACUUGUCUGUUAGUGCUUGAGACAGGAAAUAAUGUAAUGUAGUUAAAGCUGUGCUGAAUCCUUACACCAAAUUCACAGUAGCCCGUCGAUAAAAUGGUCAACUAAAUCAAAAUCGAAUGAUCUAUCUCGCAGAUACACUGGUCAAUGUGUGGCUACUUUCCACAAUACACCUAAAUGAUGCUGUAGGAGUUACUCAAGCAACUGUCGUAAAACAAAGGGUGCUAACACAAAUGGUACAAACAGAAUACUGUAGGAUUCAGCCCAGCUCUUCAUCCUGUAACUUCUCUUUGCUUGAUAUAAAACACAGGUGCCUGUUAGCGCUUCUAUGCUCCUCUGCCAGCGAGGACGACUACAUAUUGCAAAACACUUUAUAAAGCUCAGCAAACAGAAAUAAUACAACAAGCUUCUGAACUGACACGAUAGACAAUCCCCUGAAGCAAACCCCCAUAGAAAAUGAAUGUCCCUCUGAUGCUGCUGCUUUUAAGACAAAUAAUCAAUGCAUUUAAGCAUGUGCAACAUGGGCCAGAUUUACCUUUAGACACAAUGCUUGAAAACAGAUAUUCAUACUUUUUGGGGGAGAAAAAACAUGUUCCAAUGUACUAACACUGGUAGAGUCUGCUCUGAGGUUAACUGUAAACCCCAUUUUAUGCCAUACGAAUUUCAUCGCGCUAACCCUUGCUAAGGCUAAGCACUAUUUGGUGAUGUGGCCAUGGAUACUGUAUGCCUGGAUCAGACUCAAUAUACUUGCUUGUGCGUCUUGGUACAAAAAGCUUGUUUUUCCUCAACACUUUUUCCAUUCAGUCAGUGUUUUACUCUUUUCAAUAAAUAAUGUUGAUAGCUGCACUGCAGUGGAAAAGAUAAACCUGGUUGCCCUGCCCAUGCAUACAGUAAAUGACCCAUAAAUUCAUACUCUAAAUGAUCAUGGGGUCGGGUCUCGGAUAGCAGGUUGAGAAGGGGGACUGCAGUUCAAGUAUUAACCUGUUCAAGCUAGAGUGAUGCGCUGACUGCUAAACGGGGAUGGUUUCUACCGAGCGUCGUAUUAAGGAGAUGAAUGUACUGUAGCUGCAUCGCACUCAAACAGUGAAAUACUAUUUCACCUGCAUUUACAAUAUACACGUGUUUUGCACAUUCACGACACUGAAUGUCAUGGCUUUAAAAAGAAAUACCUCUGGAGAGUGGGACAGAUGUGUGGCUAAGUGCUGGGUCAGGUCAGAUAUCGAUGUACCUCCACCAGUCUCAGUAGGUGUUAGCUUAGCCAACUGUACAGUGAAGUGUGAGUUUCUGGUGGUUUCAGAAGCUCACUGUUAUGUCGAUAACAAUGUGCCUCCACGUUAAAGUGACUCCAGUCUAUAGUCACUAGCUUGAAGCAAUAUUAUAAAAUGGAUAUGGAUAUGGAUGUGUUGGGCACUUUGAAAACAUGUAUAUUUGUGUGUCUGUAUAGGAUCUAAUGCAAAUCAGUGUCUGUUUGUCACAUUGAUCAGCCAAGUGAGAUGAGAAGAAACCACACGGCACACAUGAGAUAACAUUCCCAUGAGUCCCAUGAAAUGAUGUCGUUUGUUUCUCAAUGUAAUGUAUUUCCUGUUGAAGCGGCAAGAGAUGUAGAGGGAUCGGUCUUAAAGGAAUAGUUUGGACGUUUUGGGAAGUUUGGCUAAUUUGCUUUCUUGCCCGAGAUUAUGAUGGAUACCACUCUUGUGUCUGGCUUGUUAUCUUAGCUUAUCUUAGUAACUGGAAAAGGGGGAAACAGCUAGCGUGGCUUCUUCCUAUGUUAACAAAAUCCGCCGACCAACACCUCUAAAGCUCACUUAUUAACAUGUUAUAUUUUGUUUGUUUAAUCUGAAGUGUAAAAACCAACAGAAAGGUUAUGUGGAGGACUGUUUCUUGGCAGGGAGUGUUUCUUGUCCACUGGUUGUUAACUGGUUAAAUGUGCAAUAUAACAUGUUAGUUAGUGAGCUUUAUUGGUAGGCAGAUUUAUUUUGGUUUUUUUGGACAGAGCUGUUCUGGCUGUUUCCACCUGCUGUUACCUAUCUCUUUGCUGAGCUAAGCUAAACAACCAAAAUGUCAAACAAUUCCUCUAUGUGGACUAUAAAACAAUGGACUAUUAUUGAUGGAAAAUUAUAUUUGAUUCGACUAAAUUACGGAAAAAGCUGCAAUAACUGCAUUGUCCCAUUUCAUGGGAUCUUUGUGAAAGAUAUUGCAGAAGGUGCAAGAAAUAUUAUGGGUGAUAUACAUUCCUCAUAUAUGUUUUCCAUAUUCUUGUUUGAUUUAAAAAUCCACUCCGGUUUAAGAAUUGUGUUGUCAAAAAAAAUCAGGUCCUAACCUUCAGGCUGUUGCUGUGACUUUGGAGACAUAAAUACACUGUUUUGCAGGAUCAAAUCAUUCAAUUGCAAUAAUUUGAUUUCACUGUUGAAAAGUGUUUUUUCUCUGAGUGGCUGAUCUUUGUCAAUUGUUGUCUAACUAGACUCGGUUAAAAAGAAAAGCGAUUUCCUUCUCACUGAUCAAUAAACUGAGAAAGCUAAGCUUUUGGGUAACGUUGAGGUUGUGACAGUGAGGGCCUUAUGAUGACAAGCAACUCUAUGCAAAUCACAACAGAAGUGACAGUUUGUCACAUCGCACCUUCGAGUUACUGUGACAGUUCUGUGAGCAAUACUACAGUAGGAGAUGUGGAUCAGGGAGUUGUGUUGAUGGGAUGCAGGUGAAUGUGGAUCAUCAAGAGAGGAGCGGGGUGUGGACCGGAGCUCCUGUACUCGAUCAGACCCUGCAGAGCGUAUAGACUCACCAAGUCAUGCUCCACCGCUGCUCUCUGCGCACAAAUAUAGCCUACUGUACAACUUUAAUGCUCUGGCUCGCCCUCAAAUGAUGUCUCCCAUGCACAUCAGCUCUUAAUGUCUUUAUUAUAGAAACAUGAAAUCUAAUAAAUUUUUGAACAAAA